AUGUCACUCACCGAUCUCGAGACCAAAAUGCUAGAGACAGCGCAGCAGCAAAUCGAGCUCCAAAAAAGGGACGUGACCCGUCUCGAGCAGACGAUUGAGCGCAAACGGACCAGAGCCGAAGCCUACCGACUCAAGACCGCCCAAGCCCUCGAGACGCUGACCGAGACCAAGGAGAGCCUAUGCGAUUUCGACAGCGUCAUCGCAAAAUUCGAGGGCAUGGAAACCUCGCUCAGCGCCCACCGACAGAGGGCCGAGGCCAAGACGCAGCUCCUCGGCCAGGCCAGGGCGCCGUCCCUGGCCGCGGAGGUGACCUCGUUUGAGCAUCUCGAGUCCGCGACGCAGCAGCACCGACAGGUCGCGAGCUCCCUCGCCCGCGCCCGUGCGCAACGCUGCGCCCUGGGACGCAGGGUCCAGGCGGCCGAGGAGGAGUACGACUACGUCGUCCACGAUGAGAGGGUGUGCGCCGAGGUGGUUCGCGGGUUUGAAGAAACUCUGAGGGAAUCUCGGCACAAGUAUCAGGCUCUGUUGGUGGUUGCCGAUGCUGACAAUCUGGCCGGGUAUGAGAGUGAAACGGACAAGAUUCGGAGGGAUGGUGACGCCACCGUGGUGUCUGUCGCUUCUCACAUCUAUCAGCUGGUCACUUGUACUGAACCGAUUGCUCCGAUGCAUCACCUCUGGAUGCCGUGCUGA